GCGUGAACCAAUCACAGGGACGAAUGUUUGACGGCGAUGCCAGGCGGCGGUGUAAUGCUCUCGCACCGCAUGCGGGUGCGCCCAGUAUUCUAGCAGCGCCAAGCGGGAACGUGUCGGCCAUCACGAUGCUGCAGCUCACGGACGACGAUGUGCUCCGGAUGAAGUCGCUGGGCCGCGAGGUGUGCACGCACGUCGCGUACUCGGCGCGCCGCACCGAGUCGGCCAAGUCGUCGGUGCGAUGGACGUCGAUCGGGUACGAGAACGACGUUGAACUGUUUGAAGGGGAAGACGCGGACACGAAGGAUACAAGCAGGGCGCUCUCGUACAUGUGUGGAGAGACCCACGUCACAGCCACGAUCGAUCAAGUCGCGGAUUUGUUCAACGCGACCGACGUGGACGCGGAUCCGGCCGUCCGCGACUUUUACGCGCAGUUCCACGCGGAUUUGGCACACACGCAGCUUAUCGCGCCGGUUCGAUCCCGGUCGAGGCAGUAUCCCCGCCACAUGAUCAGUUUGAAAACAGCGACGAUGGUCAGCCCGAGUCCGUCGGCCGCAACGAACCCCACGUCCAGCUCGCGAGACUUUGUCUACCUCGAGAGCCAAGAAGACGUGAUGGAUGCCAAACGGAAGAAACGAGGGUGGGUGUGUGCGAUGCACUCGAUCGAUUUGUCCAACGUGCCGUCGCCCCCCGAGUGUGUCCGCGGAAGUUUGUAUCGGUCUGGCUUUGUCUUCACCGAGUCGGACGUCCCCGGCGAACUCGAGGCCAUCUACCUGCUUCAGAUAGACUUCAAGGGCGCAAUGCCACCGCAGCUUCGACAAGCAAUGCUGAAACAGCGCAUCAUGUGUUUACAAGUUCUGUCCGACCAUUUCGCACGGCCGGUUCCGCCGCCGCAACCCGUGGGACGCAUGCAACACGCGAGCCCGUCGUCCCACCCAAGCCCCUCCAACCCAGGGCACGGUCAGCACGUGCAGCAAGCGUCUUCGUCGAACUACCGUCAGCAUCCUCACGCUCCACAUCCCGACGACUUGCGGCAAUUGCCACCCGCUGGCUACCGCCACCCGCCGUCGUCGCAGCAACAACAGAAUGCCGUGGACUCGACGGGUCGCUAUCCCGGCAACAACCACGACCAACCCAUGUACCCGCCGUACGGGCGGCAACUCGCCACCCAGCCUUCGUUCCAGCCGCCACAACAACUGCAGCAGCAGGUGCUACCCAGCGAACAGCUUGAGGAUUCCGGCAGCGCGAUCAGCGGAGGGCACGGUGCGAACUUGCGAACGCAUUCUUCAACGGGGCAGCCAACGCCUGGCCUCCAGCUCCUCUGUGACAUCCAGUUGAAGCCCAAGCACUCUGCUGCGCAGUGUGCGUGCUGCGUGUCGGGCUUCAGUUUUCUCAAGAAGAAGCACAACUGCCGCGUGUGCGGCGAGGUCGUGUGCUCGAGCUGCUGCAUCCUACAGCGUCCCGUUGUGCCCAUCGACGGGAUCAAAAAGUACUAUAUCUGCACAUUGUGUACGAUGGACAGCCGCCGGUCCGUUGCCCGCACGGCGAGCUCCCAUGCUGGCCUGAACAACACGGCGCGCACGAAAUCGGAGAACGCGCGAAGUGUCCUCAGUGGCAUCGCCGGCGGCAACAACAUCCGAUCCCCCAAGUCGUCGCUGAGCGGGACCAUGCAACAGCACCGGUACAAGCCACCGAACCAGCCUAGCCAGCAGCAGCUGCUUCAAGACCCCCGGCAAGGUUAUAAGGUCCACUUGCACCAGCCCGCGCCGCCGCGCGGGCCCCACUACCCCGACGACGUGCCCUCAUCGGACAUGAUGCCUACCCGCCACAACGCCCUGCCGCCAUCUAACAUGUACUCGAAGCAACAAGCAGGGUUUGCACCGGGAAUGCCCCAGGUGCAGCUCUAUCAACCGGGCCACCCGCGCCAACACCACCACCACCAACAGCAGCAAAUCCAAGGGAUGCAGCAUGCACACCCCUCCUCGCAUCGACCCAGCAACUACCCCAUAAACAAUGGGGGCUAUCCUCAUCCGAGCCACCAAUACCACCCGCCGCCUCCGCACAUGGCGCACAACCCGAUCCCCCGAGGCGGCGGGUACCGCCACCCGCCGCCGCCAGCGCGUGAGUAUGCGGCGUCCAUGGCCUCAACAAAUUACCCCGUCCCGCGCUACAACGGUACCAACAAACCCGACGACCCACGCAUGUCGAUGCUCCGCGACGAGCGGGAAUCGUUCCUCAACUUGUACGACGAAGUGGGGACGUCCGUGUCGCGCGCCCAGCCGAUUUAUCAACCGUAUCGCCAUCCGUCGUCGGCUACAGAUUCGUCGCUGGCAUCGCGGCCUCCUACGACACAGGAGGUGUACAUCCCCCCGGACGCCCCGACCACUACCGCCGUCAACUUGGGUGACCUCCGCAACGCGCCGGACGUCCUCGCCGCCCUCAACAACUCGCGCACGACCGGCGGCGCGUCCGGCCUCCGCCUUGAAAUCAUCUCGCCCAACACAAACCACCGUCAACCCGAGCCAGAAAGCGAACCGUACGGCGGUGGCAGCAGCAACUUUGAGUACAGCCGCGUUGCGCCGCUGGAACCUAGUGCUUCUGGCAACCUGCAAGAGCCGAUCCUACCGCCGCCGCCGCCGCCCGCAGCGACCCAGGACGCUCAGUUGGUGGCCCAGCAACAAGCGCCUGGCAUUUACAAAGGCUCGCGCUACCGCAUCAAAGAGACUCGGUACUAUGCGCCGACGCCGGACGCGAGCCCCGACGACUAUGUUGCCCAGGAACGUGAUAGCAUCCUUGUGGACAUGCCGUCGCAGUCGCCAGCGCCGCCGUUGAUGGCCGCUGCCGCGAGCCCCACCGCGCUGACGGUGUCGCGGUUCCUCGACCACGAUAUCGACAUGUUCCUGCAGCCGAUGGUCCACCAAGGUAGUGGUGGUGUGAGUCCGGCGCCGUUGCUCGAAAACGAAGGAGCUGCGACCCCACCACCCUCGGACGUGAACGACCUGCUGCUGCGGCUACAGCAGCAAGACCAGCCUCUAUCAGCUGCCACUCCGGACGACUCGAAAGACAGCGACGUCGUAGCUCUGACCCGGCUCCUUGUGGACCGCCUCCGCGGCGCCACCGAUUCGGAACGGGCUGCGAUUCGCGGCGCCCUCGCUGCCGCCGUCCAGUAGAGGACCCACUAGACCUUUCAAACAAUACCCGUUUGUGCGUCGUCGAGGUGUGUGUAGAUAAGUUAUAUACUCAUCGUUCUCGUCA